AUGCCCUCAGCGAUACCCAAGCCCCCAAGCGGGCACUUUAACCUUCUCUAUUUCGCCGGCGCGAACACGUUCACCGGUAAAGAGUUCGAGCCGCUGCCCGCGCCGCUGCCCUUGAAGCAGCUCUUCGCGACGCUCGAGGAGCGAUACGCAGGUAUCAAGUCAAAGGUGCUCGAAUCCUGCUUGGUCACUAUCAAUCUGAACUACGUCGACGUCCCUGAGGAUUCCAAUGAGGGUGGCGCCGACGAGCCUGUUAUUAAAGAGGGUGAUGAAGUGGCCAUCAUCCCACCUGUGAGCUCUGGAUGA